AUUCUCUGCAGACAUAAGCCCUAAUCUUUUUCUGUGCUUGGCGGCACCAUCCCAACACUUUCAACAAACCCUACCCUCACUUCCGAGCCAUUCUCUGUAUCUGCAAUGGCGAAGAAGAAAGAGAGGAACGUUAACGUCUCAGGAAAACCUAAGCACUCUCUCGAUGCUAACCGCAGCAAUGACUCGAAGACGGAAUCGCGGUCCGCCGCCACAGUCCGCCGUCUCAAGAUGUACAAAACCCGACCCGUUCGUAACAGCGGAGGCAAAAUCCUUAGGCAAGAGUAUCAAUCCAAAGACCUUCCAAGCACUCGAAUCAAACCCGAUCGUCAAUGGUUUGGGAAUACUCGCGUUGUGAAUCAGAAAGAGCUUGAGUUUUUCAGAGAUGAAAUGGCUAAGCAUAGUUCGAGUAAUUAUAAUGUUAUUCUCAAGGGGAAGAAUUUACCUAUGUCGCUUCUUAAUGAUCACCAGAAGCAAGCAAGGGUUCACCUUCUUGAUAGAGAGCCUUUUUCGGAUGCUUUUGGACCUAAGACUAAAAGAAAACGUCCAAGCCUUUUGGCUACUGACUAUGAGUCUUUAGCUAAGAAAGCUGAUGGUUCUCAAGAUGCUUUUGAAGAGAAGUAUGAUGCAUCUGCAGAAGCUAAUGAAGCAGAUGGAUUUAGAGAUUUAGUGCGGCAUAACAUGUUUGAUAAAGGUCAAAGCAAACGCAUAUGGGGGGAACUAUACAAAGUGAUAGAUUCUUCAGAUGUUGUUGUCCAGGUUAUAGAUGCAAGGGAUCCACAAGGCACAAGAUGUUACCAUUUAGAGAAGCAUUUGAAAGAAAAUUGCAAGCACAAACACUUGGUGCUUUUAUUGAACAAGUGUGAUCUAAUUCCCGCUUGGGCAACAAAAGGAUGGCUUAGAGUUUUGUCAAAAGAAUAUCCAACUUUAGCAUUCCAUGCAAGUAUUAAUAAGUCCUUUGGAAAGGGAUCACUUCUAUCGGUUCUGAGACAAUUUGCAAGAUUGAAAAGCGAUAAGCAAGCAAUAUCUGUUGGUUUCGUUGGAUAUCCAAAUGUUGGGAAAUCAUCUGUGAUCAAUACAUUGCGUACAAAGAAUGUUUGCAAGGUUGCUCCAAUUCCAGGGGAAACAAAAGUCUGGCAGUAUAUAACCCUUACAAAGAGGAUCUUUUUAAUCGACUGUCCUGGUGUUGUCUACCACAACAAGGACACUGAAACAGAUGUUGUGUUGAAGGGUGUGGUACGUGUAACAAACUUGAAAGAUGCUGCUGACCAUAUAGGUGAGGUUUUGAAACGCGUGAAGAAGGAGCACUUGACAAGAGCUUAUAAAAUAAAAGAGUGGGUUGAUGAAAAUGACUUCCUACUUCAGCUCUGCAAAUCAUCUGGCAAACUCCUGAAGGGUGGUGAACCUGACCUGAUGACUGCAGCAAAGAUGAUACUUCAUGACUGGCAGAGGGGUAAAAUUCCCUUUUUUGUUCCUCCUCCUAGGCAGAAUGACGUGUCCGAGGCAGAGGAGCCUAAUGUUAAUGGCAUUGAUGUUGAUGAGACAAUUGACCCUAACCAGGCAUCUGCUGCCAUUAAAGCUAUAGCAAAUGUUCUUUCAUCCCAGCAGCAAAGGAAUGUACCGGUUCAAGGGGAUUUAUAUACUGAGAAUGAGAUGAAGGGAGAAACUGCUGACCAACUUCAAUACACAGCAGAUGAUACAGAUGAAGAUAGCGACUCAUCUGAGGAUGAUCCAUCCACUGAGGUUCCAUCUGAGCAGCUUAUUUCUGACGAGGCAGUACCAACAAGCGAAACAUGAGUUUUGGUUGCAGGUUUAGUUGUUAGGGCUUAUGUUUUGAAGAGAAGAAGCUCCAUUUCCGCCGCAUCUUUAUCAUAAGCCAGCUCCAUUUCAGGACUUCAAUGUGCCUCACAUACGAUUGUCAAAUGCAUCAAUUUUGCUUUUGGGAAUUCUGUUAUGGUAACAUAAAUGAAGCCUCAGUGAUGGUUAUCAACUGAUCUUUGGAUGCAGAGUAGAUUUUGAUUUCUUGAGCAUAGUUUUAGUGAUAUAGUUUUCCCAAUGAUGGAUACUUUGUUCUAUUUAUUUGUAAUUUUUACCAUUCUAAGUUUUGCUUUGCUAUCCAUAUAAUGAGACACCAGAGAAGUUUGAAUUUACAAUUUCUAGCAAUAGGCUGAUCUGCUUGUUUUAAAUCCUAAAAUUUUAAGCUAAAUAUUUUAUAUGCACCCUAAUUUUUAUCA